GCGGCGCGCAGUGCCUCGCCUUUCUCCUCCCCCCCGCCAGGCGCGGAACUGAGGUGCCGCGGCGCUUGCACUUCGCCGGAACGCUGCGCGCGAGGAUGGCGGUGGCGUCGGGACGAGCCGGCCUGGGACAGGUACUGAGGAGAAGUGUGGGCAGGGUACCUUGCACAGUGUGGUUUUGUCCUCUGUUUACCAGGUCAAGAAUUCCAGACUCGGUAUUUCAGCCACGACCUGGAGAUCAUGAAAAGUAUGGAGGUGACCCUGAGCAGCCGCACAAAAUCCACAUUGUUACUAGAAUAAAAAGUGUAAUUGGUCGCCCAUAUUGGGAAAAGAAGAUAAUACGUGAUCUUGGACUAGAUAAAGCACAUCAGCCAAGACUGCACAAAAAUAUCCCUUCUGUGAAUUCCAAACUAAAAGUUGUUAAACAUCUAAUAAGAAUACAGCCACUGAAACUACCUCAUGGGUUGCCAACUGAAGAGGAAAUGUCAGACACCUUUCUCACAAGCAAGGGAGAGCUUGUAAUUAAACGAUGUCUGAAACCUGUGGAACAGAAGGAAAUUAAGUCAUGAGGUGUGCUGACUGGACUUACAUGUUAUAAAAUAAAUAAUUUAACUCCUAAA